AUGGCGAGUGAAAAAGGAGCAGGGGAUUUUGCAGUGAAUGUUUCAGAGAGUGGUCCACUAGGGAUUGAGGGCCAGGCUUGUCUAGAGUUCUGGUACCUUGUCCCAGUUGCAGCUAAUGGGUCUGAACUUCGUGUCUUGCUAAAAAACAGCGUUGGUUCAGUAGAAAUCUGGACCUCUCCUGCUCUCCCUCAGAAUGCAUGGAGGCAAGCGUUUGUGCCCCUGAACAUCACUGAGUCCGGGACUGAGGUUGUGUUUGAAGCGGUUCAAGGAUUGUCCAUAGAGAAAGAGAUCACAUUUAAGCAGAUAGGUGUAAGAAAAGGCUCCUGUGGACGACAGUGUGAAUCGAACGCAGAGUUAUGGACAGAUGAGACCACCCGCUGCCUCUGUUCUGCUGGCCAGCUCUCCUGCUUUCCCUCUCACUGCCCUGAAGGCCAACUCUGUGGUCCUCAAAGAGGAGGCCCCAAUGGGACUUCUACCUUUGGGAUGUGCACUGUACACAGUAACACAGACGGCAGCACUUUUGAUGGAGUAUUGUUCCGCUUCACGACCGCCUGCACUUAUGUUCUGGCUAAGACUUGCUCACCCACUGAAACCCUGCCCAUGUUCACUGUGGAAGUGGUCAAUGAGCAGAAUGAUAACACAUCUCUGCCACAGGUCCAGAAGAUCAAUAUUAACAUGAGGAUUUACAGGGUGUCUCUGCUGAAAAGCCAAACAGACCGGGUUGUGAUUAAUGGGAUCUGGAGAAAGCUUCCACUAAGCCUUAACAGCGGCACUGUCAGUAUCAGGAGCACCCCUGCCACUAUUGUGCUGGCAACCACUUUUGGUCUUACAGUCUCAUUUGACAGCACUGGUGUGGUCCACGUCACCCUCCCAUCAACCUAUUCUGAUAAAGUCUGCGGCAUGUGUGGCAACUUUAACCAUCUCAAAGAAGAUGACUUUAGGAACCUCGAUGCACAAAACGCAACAGCUUUGGUUGAAAGCUGGCAGACUGGGAAAACUGCCUCUUCCUGUGAAACCAUUCUAUUCCCUCAGUGUGACCCACUGGAGGAGGCAGAGUAUGUCAGCGAGCUGUACUGUGGAGGCUUAUUCUCUACUACUGGUCCCUUUGCUGACUGCUUAUCAGUUGUAGGGGCAGACAGCUAUAUCAGAGGCUGCGUGUUUGGCAUGUGUUCUACUCAUGGCGACCCAGCCGUGCUAUGUGAGACGCUACAGGUCUAUACUGAUAUCUGCAAUAAAGCUGGCAUUGCAGUACGCAUGUUGAGGAACUCCACACUCUGCCCCAUACAGUGCGGUGAGAACAGCCACUAUAACUCAUGUGCUGAUGGCUGUCCCGAGGUGUGCUCCAGUCUGGAUAUAGCUGGCUCCUGUGGAAGCUGUGAGGCAAGAUGUGAGUGUGAUUCUGGAUUCAAACUCAGUGGGGAAAAGUGUGUCCCAGCAGAAGACUGCGGGUGCUGGUAUAAUGGAAAACACUAUGAGAAAGGAGAAACACUGGUGGAAGGAGAUUGUGUGCAACAGUGUCAGUGCAUGGGUAAUAACAAUAUGCAGUGCACUCAAAUGCAAUGUGCAGACAAUGAAGUUUGUAAGGUUAAAGAUGGGGUCAAAGGCUGCUUCCUUUUCAAACCCACCACCUGCAGUAUGUACGGUGAUCCACACUACAUCACCUUUGAUGGUCUGGCAUAUGACUUUCAAGGGGGCUGCAGUUACAUAUUGACCACCACAUGCGGUGGAGGAAGCUCAGUCCAGUUCACAGUAUCUGGACAAAACACCCAUCCCCCCCUUCAGAACUUCACCAGAUCCAAGCUUCAAGCCGUGGCUCUCCAAGUCGAGGAUCUGUAUCUCAUCUUGAAUCAAAGCGGAGAGGUCUAUGUCAGUUAUAAGCAAGUCCAACUGCCGUAUUCAACCAGCGGGACAUAUGGCUCAGUAUGGGUGUAUGUGAAGAAUAAUCAUAUCAUCUUGGAGACAACCUUUGGCCUCAAAAUGCAGAUAGAUGGAGAGAACAGACUGUUUCUGCAGGUGGAUGAGCACUACAAGUAUGAACUGUGUGGACUGUGUGGCACUUAUUCUGGAUACCAGGACGAUGACUUUGUAACUCCAGGAGGCCAAAACGUGUCAGAAGCGUUCGAGUUUGGUGACAGCUGGAGGGUCCCAAACAACUCUGAAUGUUUAGCUCGUCCAAACAAUCCAAGACUCUGUGACAAGGAUGAGAAGGAUACAGCCUACAAUGAGUGUUCAGUGCUGUUUGGCAGUGGUUUUAUGCCCUGUCAUGAAGACAUUCACCCAAGCAUUUACCUCAAUAGUUGUGUGUAUGACUACUGUGCUACGAGCGGCGACCAACAUACACUCUGUGAAUCUCUGAAGUCCUAUGCAACAGCAUGCCAGGUUUCAGGAGUUGAACUUCCAAACUGGCAGACUGACACAGCCUGUGAAGGCCUUUCUACCUCAACAGCUCCUCCAACAACUGCUUCUCCAACACCAGAUCAGACUUUUUGUCCCUUGAACUGCAAUUUUGAAAAAGAUCUGUGUGGGUGGGAGCAGCUUAUGCAGGACACUUUUGAUUGGACAAAACACUCUGGACCCACACCAACAAAUUUAACAGGUCCAAACCAAGACCACACCACUGGAGCUGGUUUCUACAUGUACCUUGAGGGAGACAGUGUAACUCAUGGAGACUCUGCCCGUUUGAUGAGCUCGGCGUGUAAUUUUAACGGACCACUCUGCCUGUAUUUCUGGUACCAUAUGUAUGGUUCAGCCACAGCCAUGGCUCUUAAUAUCUACCUGCUGAAAGACAGUAAAACUACAAAGCUCUGGUCCAUGAUGAACAACCAGGGACCAGAAUGGCAUCUGGGAAGAGCUGAUGUCAAAGUCUCUGGUCCAUUCCAAAUUAUAAUAGAAGGAAUUCGAGGCUCUAAUUAUCAGUCAGAUGUGGCCAUAGAUGACAUAUCUAUCCAUUCUGGCUCAUGUUCAGUCUGCAAUCUUCACUGUAACUUUGACAGCAACCUUUGUAGCUGGAACCAGAUCAUUACAGAUGCUUUUGACUGGACCUGGCAAAGAGGUUCUACCCCCACGUUAAUGACAGGCCCCUCUGCUGACCACACUGGUGGUAAGAAUGGCCACUAUCUUUACAUUGAAGCCAACAGUGCAUCGUACGGAGACACAGCUCGUCUCAUCAGCUCUGAGUGCUCUGACUAUGGACCUCAGUGUCUGCAGUUCUGGUACCAUAUGUAUGGCUCAGCAGAUACAAUGGGCCUCCAUGUUUACCUUCUCCAAAACAGAAUAGCCAAUCAGGUUUGGAGGAAGCAGAAUGACCAAGGAAAUAUGUGGCACCUGGCUCAGGUGGACAUUGAACCAACCACACCUUUUCAGAUUAUAUUUGAAGGACGAAGAGGUUCGAAUACUCAGUCUGAUGUGGCAAUAGAUGAUGUGUCACUUUAUCAUGGGCGCUGUGCAGAACUGAUCAAUCCAACAACAACUACAACUCAGUCAAAGCCAGAAACAACAGCUGGGCCACAACCAUCAACCACAACUCAACUAAAGCCAGAAACAACACCAGAAACAACAGCUGGGCCACAACCAUCAACCACAACUCAACUAAAGCCAGAAACAACAGCUGGGCCACAACCAUCAACCACAACUCAACUAAAGCCGGAAACAACAGUUGAGCCACAACCAUCAACCACAGUUGGACCCCAGCCCACAACAAAUAAACCGCAAUCUACAACAACAGCAAGACCGCAACAAACAACCCCGACGGUGCCAACACUACCUUGCCCACGGUAUAGUCACUAUACCACUUGUGUCCCUGCAUGUAGUCCAACCUGUUUAUUCUUGAAUGGCCCACCACAUUGUAGUGACAAUGAGGUUUGUGUUCCUGGAUGUGUGUGCAAUGAUGGCUUUGUCAUGAAAAUGAAGAUUUGUGUGCCUCUGGAACAAUGUGGCUGUGUGGACAAGAAUGGCACCAAACACCAAUUCAAUGAACAGUGGUACACGGAUCACUGCAGUCAGAAAUGUGAAUGUGAGAAGGAUGACGGAAUAGGAAAGAUUGACUGUGAUGAUGAAGAUGAGUGUGAUGGAAAUGCUGUCUGCCUUCAAAAUGAAAAGGGCAAUUAUUACUGCCAGUCUACAGACUUCGAUGAGUGUACGAUCAAGAAGGACCCUGAAUAUAAAACAUUUGAUAAAAUGAAGCAUGACUUUGAGGGUGAACACUCUUACGUGCUGGUGAGGACCAGCAACUUGCCAAACAACCUUCCAGACGUCUACAUUGAAAGCAUCAACACGCCCGUCUUAGAUCAGGGCGGUGAUAGUCAGCAGGAAAAUGACAGCAGCAGUGAAGAAGAGCAGAAUAGCAAGGACGAUGAUGAUGAUGAUGACGACGACGAUGAUGACGAUGACAGCAAAGAACAUGACGAACACCACAGAUUACAAGAGCUUAAGAUCAGAGUGUACAAUCACACUGUGGAGUUCAAGAAGAAUCUGAAACUGAUCGUGGAUGGAAAGCCAACUGAUACGCCUGUCUCAGUGACUGGUGGUCUAAAGAUCUGGAAGCGUUCCUCUCGUAUCUACCUACAAACUGAUUUUGGCUUGUCAGUCGCAUUUAACGGACACCAUUCAGCAGAGAUUACUCUACCACACAUUUAUAGAAGGAAGGUGGGAGGCCUGUGUGGAAACUUUGAUGCUCAGGGAAACAAUGACAUGAUGAAGCCAGAUGGUACCAUAGCCAGAAGCACUCAAGAGUUUGGAGAGAGCUGGAGAGUGUGAAUGCCAGAUGAAACACUGUCUUUGAAUGUGGACAGGUUUAAUCACUAUCAGUUACAUAAAACUCCCUAUGGAUAAAAAAGAACAGAUGAUUGUAAUGAUUUUGUUUUUUUCUUCUUUAGCCAGCAAGUGUUGUCUUUACCUACCUUUUUAGGGCUAUGUUUUCUGAAUAUCAACAUAUCAAUUUUCUCAUGAAUUUUUUAGAUACUUAUCUCUUUCUUAUUAUUUCUACAUAUAUUUGAUAUAAUCUUUGUACUCUACAUAAUUAUCUCUCUAAAUAGACUGUCUAUAACUCUGUUUAUACAAAGUUGAUAUGCUUUUAGCAUAUGUUAAUGCCCUCUUUAAAGCCAAACAUGAUUAAAAUGUACAACUGCAAAUUGAGCUAUUAUUGUCUUUGGAUGAUAUUAAAAAUUUAAAAAGUAU